CUUACCUAAACCCCGGUCAUGUCCAAGAUCCAGCUCCAGGAGCAGCGUAUCAUGGAGCCGCAGCCUGUCGGUGCUGCCGAUGCGGGCGUUUUGGAGGAGUCAGCACCACAUGAGCUGCAGUCGCCGGCCGAACAGGCCCAGAACAACGGCCGGGACGACAGCAACGCGCCUCCGGACGGCGGACUGCAGGCGUGGCUACAGGUUGUGGCCUCAUUCGCCCUCUACUUCAAUCAUCUGGGCUUGCUCAACAGCUUUGGUGUCUUCCAGACAUACUACGAAACAGACCUCCUCAGGGACUCUUCGCCCUCGGCCAUUUCCUGGAUUGGAUCGAUCCAAGUGUUUUGCUUAAUGUCCGUUGGAGCUGUCAUUGGCCCGCUGUACGAUGCAGGGUACUGUCGCGCGCUGCUCGCCGUUGGGACGCUACUCGUCACCCUGGGCUUCAUGUUGACCAGCAUUAGCACACGCUAUUGGCAAAUCUUUCUGGCGCAGGGAGUCUGCCUUGGCUUGGGCACAUGCUGCCUCUCCAUUCCGUCCAUUGCCAUUGUGCCCAUGUACUUCAAGAGACGCAGAGCUAGAGCCAUGGGUCUGGCCACCGUGGGGAGCGGGCUGGGCGCAACGCUGUAUCCCCUCAUGUUCCAGAACCUCAGGCCGCAGAUAGGCUUUGGCUGGACGAUGAGAGCCAUGGGCUUUAUGGCGUUUGGAAUGUGCUCCUUUGCCCUGAUCAUCAUCCGGCCCCGCACGGCGGCCAAGAAGCCUGGGUGGCAACAGAACGGCUUCUCUAUCAAGUGGUUCUGGGACUCUUCGGCACUCAAGGAGCGAACGUACAUACUCUACUGCGUUGCCAUCUUCUUCAACAAUCUUUCAUUCUUCAAUCCGCCUUACUACCUGCAGAGUUACGCCGUCUCGCACGGCAUGCAAGGCCACGUGCUGGCCGCGUAUCUGUUGCCUAUUCUCAACGCCUCGUCCAUCCCUGGCAGAAUCAUACCCGGGUUCGUUGCCGACAAGGUUGGUUCUUUGGACACGUACGUCGUCGUCUGCGCCUUGAGCAGUGCCAGUGUCUUUUAUUGGAUCAGCGUGACAAACGCGGCUGGUAACAUUGCCUUUGCCGUUCUAUAUGGCUUUUGGUCCGGCAGCGUAGUGGCUCUCGGCUCCGUGGUUUUGACCUCCAUCACCCCAGAUAUGAGUCGUCUGGGGACUAGACUAGGCAUGGUGUCCAUCCUCAAGGGCAUCGGAUCUCUCAUCGGCCCGCCCAUAUCGGGUGCCAUUCUCAACAGUACUGGCAAGUAUAUCGGGAUUCAGCUUCUUGCUGCCUGUGGCAUUAUGCUCACUUCGCUUCUAUCCCUUGUUUUGCGACUGAUUAUUGCGAGAGCGCUGUUCAAGUCCAUCAGAGAUGAUGACGAGGCAUACACAGCUGCGAGUCGUCCGAAAUCCAAGGUGCCUGCUGCGGCCCAUGUCACUGAAGACAAACGCGCUGCCUAGAGCGCUGUGCCUGGUCUUGCAAUUGCAAUCAGAUGACCGGUAUGUCGUCGUUGGAAUGUCGUGAAAACUGCCGAUAAUCAGCGCUAGAUGACGAGAUUCUCAUUGUGAUUGUUGCGCAUGGCGCAUAUGUGAUAGUAGAUGAGUGGCCACUAAUUCUUUGAUUCGAGCAAGCAGCGAGCGUCUUUGUACGAUGAUUUACGCAAGCAAUGAAUAGAGCCUCUACUCCAAGGAGUACGAGGAGUAGACUGAAUACCAGAUGCCCUUUUCAAUAGAACAGAGGCUAUUUCGAAGCUCGCCAAUUUC